UCACUGUAUAAAGCUUGUCUGUAGGGCCAGAUCAUUUACACUGGAUUGAAAGCCAAAACGACUGUAAGACCGCUUCCAACAGCUACACAAAGAAGAUGAGCAUCACAUCGUCCUUAGGUUUGCUUUGUAUGCUGAUGUUGUUUCACUCAGGAUAUACAGAGCAUAUCCUGUACAGAAUAAAUGUGAGAACAGGUGAUGUUGCGGGGGCUGGGACAGAUGCAAGAAUUUACAUUAUCCUGCACGGGGCUAGAGGUUCUACCGACAGGAUAGGUCUACCAGACGAUGAGGGAGACAAAUUUGAGAGGGGCAGCCUCGACUCGUUCACGGUAAGUGCAGAAAAUGUAGGACGUCUAAGAUCAAUUACGAUUGGACAUGACAACAAAAUGUGGAGACCAGGCUGGUUUCUAAGAGAUGUGCGCAUAUAUCAGAACGUGGAACCGGGUUAUGAACAUAUUCAGGAGCCUGGAUUUAACGCGUACCAAUUCAACUGGAAUAACUGGAUCGCCAGUAACGAGCUAGACGGGACCAUUGUCAAAACCAUUUCAGUUGCAAGUUAGGAAACCCACCUUGGAGAUUGUUUGUGAACUAACACUUUUAACUGGGCGAAUUCAUUGUUUUAAAAGUUGAGAUAGUUUUAGAGUUAUUGAAUCCAAAUGUUUUAUGUAGAGUUUUAAAAAUAUUAAAUACAUUCAUAAAACUUUAAAAAGUAAAAUAAAUAUCUGUUUUCAUUCAUCAA